AGGUUGCGUCAGUUCUGUGAUUGGUCUGCUUCAGCUCCACUGCUCUCCAGUUUGCCCUUCAUCUCAAAGGCUUCAUUUUCUACACUGAAGUUGUGCUUCCUCGCUGCUUACAUGCUGAUUUUUCACCAUGGCUGCUCAGGCUGCAGUAAUUGGAAACAACCUUCAAAUGAGAUGCUCUGCUUGCAACCUCUCCUUUCCUACUGCUGCUGUAUUCUCUCUUCAUUUCCGUCGAGUUAUCCACAGUCAUCCCAUCUUCUGCGGGCAGAAUCAAGAUCAACAUCCAUGUGGCAGCAGCUUCUAUGCGGUGAAAUCUCUCAUCCGCCACAUCAGAGAAACUCACCAUGCUCGAGUUCAAGCACCAGGCAUGCAAGGAGAGCAAGGCCAUCAUGAAGCACCAGGCAUGCAUGGAGGGGAAGGCCAUCAUGAAGCUGGACACCAUGAAGAUGCAGGCAACAAUGAAGAAAACAUGAUUCAGGAUGGAGCUCAUGGUGGUGAUGCCGAAGAAGAUCCACUUCUGCGUGUAGAAAAUGUUGAUCUGGGUAAAUCUGCUGCAAUGAUGGUCCUCAAUCUCAGGCAGAGUGCAUUGACAACUGCAAGUAUUGAGAGAAUUCAGGAUGAAUGUUACAAAAUGAUGAUCAACACAAGAAACUUGAUAAAGGGAAAAGUGAUAGAUUUCUUGAGGGAUGAAAACUUGAUUCAACUUCCAAGUUCUAGAGACCUUAUAAGAGAACUGGAUCUUGCAAAUCCAUUCCUCCCAAUCAAAACAUUGAAACAACAACUUGCAUAUUUUGCCCGAGAAAUGGGUCUUGUACUUCCAGUGCCACUAUUUUUGGACUAUCGACCGGACUCCAGAUUGAAUCCAGAAACCAAUCAAUAUGAACCAACUCAGGUUGCUAUGACUUUUGAGUAUAUUCCCAUUAUUGAAACCUUGAAAUUGAUAUUAUCUAAUCGAAAGUUGAGAGAACUAAUUGAAUCAGAACAUCCAAGUGAAGAUGGUGUGCUGCGAUCCUAUUUGGAUGGGAGUAGAGUUAAAAUCAAUGACUUGAUCCGACUGUUCCCCAAGACAAUUCGUCUCCAACUCAACUGGGAUGACCUUGAAGUUGUGAAUGCCCUUGGAAGCAAAACUACUAUACAUAAGCUAGCUGCCUUCUAUUUUAGCAUUCAAAACUUUCCUCAAAUAGAGAAUUCACAACUAUCCUCUGUAUAUUUAUUGGCAUUGGCGUAUUCAGAAGAUAUCAAGGAAAUGAAGGGUUUCAACAAAGUCCUGGACCCUUUUCUCAGAGAUUUGAAGAAAUUAGAAUCUGAAGAAGGAGUUGCCCUGAGGAUUGGGGACGAGUUGCUACAAGUAAGAGCUACUCUUACCACUCUCUGUGCAGACACCUUGGCUGCCCACGAUAUUCUUGGAUUCUUGUCCCCAGCUGCUCGGCAUUUCUGUAGAGUCUGCACUGUGUCCAGGCAACAGCUACACGAAAACUGUAAUGCCAUGGGGGAGCCCAGAACACCUCAAUCACAUGCUGCUCAUAUUGAACAGGUGAAGGCAAGACCAGCAUUUUCAACGGAGUGUGGAGUGAAAAGGGAUUCCCCGUUAAGAAAAGCAAAGUACUUUUCUGUGACUGAAGAUGCUCCUUUUGAUAUAUUUCAUGACUUGUUGGAGGGUGUGUCUCAUUUGAUAAUCAUUUUGGCUCUUUACACCUUUGUUGUGAGAGAUAAGUUUUUUACUAUGAAGCAAUUUAAUGCACGAGUGAGUGCAUUCAACUAUGGAGUACCUGACAAGAAAAACAAGCCAUCUGUUAAUCUCACUGAAGAACAAUUGAAGAAGAAAACACUUCGGAAGUUAAAUCAGAAUGGCAUUCAGAUGUGGUGCCUUGUGCGAGUUUUUGGCUUAUUAGUUCCAGAAGUUCCAGAGAAUCAUCCUCAUCUUCGACUGAUAAAUUUGCAUCAAGAAAUUGUGCUGACUUUAUUCUCCAGAGAACUUCUGCCUCUACACAAAGACAAGGUGGAUGAUCUUAUCACCGAACACCACACCCUUUUCCAAGCCUUGUGUGCAAAUGUUCAAGAAAUUGAUGAAGUGGAGGAACCUGAUGAUCCAGAACCUGAAGAAGAGCCCGCUGAAGGUCUUAUCCUCAGACCUGCUGCAAGACGCAUCAAGGCUAUUAAUAAACUCCACCACAUGAAACAUUUGAAAGAACAGAUUGAAAAAUUUGGACCGUUAAUUUUGUACUGGUGUGCCAGGUAUGAGGGACGGCACCACAUUUUUUGUAAGUUUGCUGCAAUUUGUUGCAACUUUAUCAAUCUUCCCAAGACAAUGGCUCAGAUGCACCAGAUCAGCACACUCUGCGGUGUUUUGAAUGACAGUUUACGUUCUCAAGAAAUAGAGCUGCAUUCGUCAACAGAGCUCACAGUUCAGGAUUGUGAACAUUCUGAUCUUCUCUUGGCCAAGGGUCUCGAGGGAGACUCUGUGAUCUUGAGUGUCGGGUCUGUUGUUGUUGCUGGGGAAGACUUCCGUCCUGGACUGUUUGUAAUUGCAGACACUUCUCCCUGCUUUGCUCUCAUACAGAAAGUUUAUGUACAAGAUGAUCAAGUAUACUUUGUCGUCCUGAAGUGGAAAACCGAAGAAUUUGUGAGAAGAUACUGUGCAUAUAGUGUUAAACCAAAUCCUUGUUCUCAGGCUAUGCUACUGGACCACAAAUCUUUGGCCAAACAUGGCUCUUAUGCUCCCUGGAACCCAUUCAACCAAAGAGCUGUGUUCAUUUCCCCUAGGUUUUUAAUUUUCUAAGUCUCUCUCACUGCUGUUAUUUCUGCUUUUAUUAA